ACAUUCAGCCCGUGAGAGGACGGAAUCUCAUUGGCUCCCGCUGCUCCAUUUAAAGGAAUCCCACAAAUGUUUGGUUUAACAUCAACCGGGAAGGUCUACCAAGAACCGGCAUUUUACCGACACCCGCUUCCUGAACUCAUCUGCGUCUCAAAUGAGGACCUUUAAACGCUCGGACGCUUUUUCGUUUCCAGAAUUUCCAGAUCCUCUGAAGUGGCGAUGUGGAGCCACUUUUAUAAACGUACGAGAAUCUCAUUAACCGAUCCACGUUUCCGAUUUCAGAAGAAACCACUUCAAGUAGGUCGUGCUUGGUUGCAAUUCAGUAAUAAAGAGACAGAUUUCUCCGGUGCGUGCAGGAUGUCAGACCUCUGAAGGGUCACUUGGGGAUCUUAUUCUACGCUCAAAGGAUGAAGACGUGAAUCAUUAGCACGUUUAUUGAUCAGAUGAUGUGUAAAUCUCACAUUACAUUACAUUAGUUAGGAGAAACGUGUUUUUUAUAAGUACAUAAUAUGUUCCCCACGGUAUGGAGAGUUCGCCGCGCGCUCCUUUGGGAACGACUGCUAUAGCUAACUUUUACGCAAUGGAUUCAAGAGGGCUUGCAACAAGUUUAAGGGUCGUUUAUCUCCUGGAACAUGAUUGUAGUUUAUUGCGUGGUUUUGUGGUCAUUUAGCUAACAGCUUCGGGAAUUGACAGACUUGGAAGAGGGUUUUAUCAUUUUGAUUCGCACAAUCCGGAGCGGAUCUCGUUGGCUCUUAUGGGAAUGAAACACUCCUCCCGUUGCUUGUUCCUCAGGAGAAAGAUGGCGGAUUCGGAGGGCACCGAGCAACAGCCCCUGAGUGCCGCCCCAUCACAAUCAGUCCAGCCAUCCCCUCUCCCCAAACCUGUGUCAUCGGUCCAUCACACCCAGCGGCCCACACACCCAUCCCACCCGCCUCACUCGGCCAGCCUUCCUAGUUUCCCCGGCAGAGGAAAGAUGUCCAAGUUCCUCACCCCGGAUGAGAUGACCUCCAGGGAUUACUACUUUGACUCCUAUGCCCACUUUGGCAUUCAUGAGGAGAUGCUAAAGGACGAAGUGAGAACGUUGACAUAUAGAAACUCAAUGUACCACAACAAACACGUCUUUAAGGACAAGAUCGUGCUGGACGUGGGGAGUGGAACUGGCAUACUCUCUAUGUUUGCUGCCAAAGCUGGAGCCAAGCACGUGUAUGGGAUCGAAUGCUCGAGCAUAUCAGAAUACUCGGAGAAAAUCAUCAAGGCCAAUCAUCUGGAUAGUGUUAUAACCAUUUUUAAAGGAAAAGUGGAGGAGACGGAGCUACCGGUAGAUCAGGUGGACAUCAUCAUCUCCGAGUGGAUGGGUUACUCUCUUUUUUAUGAAUCCAUGCUCAACACGGUCAUCUACGCCAGAGAUAAGUGGCUGAAACCCGGCGGUUUAAUGUUUCCAGACAGAGCUGCUCUCUAUGUGGUCGCCAUUGAAGACAGGCAGUACAAGGACUUCAAGAUACACUGGUGGGAGAACGUUUACGGGUUUGACAUGACCUGUAUCAGGAAUGUAGCCAUGAAAGAGCCGCUGGUGGACAUCGUGGACGCCAAACAAGUCGUAUCCAACGCCUGUUUAAUCAAGGAGGUAGACAUCUACACCGUAAAGCCAGAAGAACUGUCCUUCACGUCCUCCUUCUGUCUGCAAAUCCAGAGGAACGACUACGUCCACGCCCUGAUCACCUACUUCAAUAUAGAGUUCACAAAGUGUCAUAAAAAGACUGGCUUCUCUACAGCACCAGAUGCCCCGUAUACACACUGGAAACAAACAGUGUUUUAUCUGGAGGAGUAUCUGACUGUAAAAAGAGGAGAAGAGAUAGUGGGCAGCGUCACCAUGAAGCCAAAUGAGAAGAACGUACGUGACCUUGACUUUUCCUUUGAGUUGGAUUUUAAAGGGCAGUUAUGUGAAGCUGCUAUCGCUCACGACUACAAGAUGCGUUAAGUGUCCUGCUGGGGACAAUAUAGGGGUCCCGAUGCCACUCGGAGAAGCAGGGACCACUCUGGAUCUUAACUACAGCACUGCUGGAUAGAGACACUGAGACUCGGACAGAAGCUAUUGUCUCCGGGAGAGAAGCCAGCAUUUGGAAGCGGGGUUGGUACUUUUAGCAAUAUCAGCCUUGCCUUUGCCAACAAUAGCCUGCACUAGUAUGCCAUCUUUCCGACUGUUCAGGGGCCAACUUGCGCACCCAUCUGCAAAACAAAAGAAUGUUAUUGCCCAAUGAAUGUUUAUGUUUUGUUUAUGGUUUAGAUGUUUUGGUUGAUGAAGUUUGUGCUCUAUAUCCUAAAUACUGAGAAUAUUUCAGCUUUGUGUCUGUCUAGGGAAUAACUCCAUAAAAGCUGCAGCAGUAUUAAAAUGCGGUAGGGUAAGUGAUCUUGUAGGUUAUGAAACAAUAUCCAGUUCAUUCUCAAGAAACUGUGGAGUUUGUGAGAAAUGUUUAAUCAUUUGCAUGAUACACCAGCCCAAGUAGCAAAUGAUGUGACCCAGUUUAAUAUCAUGUUACUGAAUUUAGUAGAAAGUAAAAUCGGACAUGCAUGCAAUAGCUCACAUCAAACACUUUACUGAGAAUGACCCGUCUAUCAAAAAAUGAUUUGGACAUCAAUGUGUACCAAAUAAGAAGGUCAAAUGAAUAUCAGCAGCUGAUAAUGGGAAAUAAUAAGUGACUGCAAUACAGUGAUGUGAAUAAAUUAUGCCGUGUAAGCUUGUGUUAUGUUUCUCUGGUGGCUUUAAUGCGAUAAGCAGCGUUAGUAGUAUUUCUAAUUCUAGAAAAAUAGCGUUUCCACUUGCAUCUGUUAUAAGCACAGAGGGAAUUAGCACAUAACACAUAUCAAAGCAAAGAUGCAGUGUUGAAUGUUUGCUCUGUCGGUGGUGAGAUCUCAGUAAGCUGGACCCUCAGAUGGCACCUGCUGCCUUCCACCUGUGCUCUUAUCAGAGUCUUUGCCAAGGCGACAGAUGAUACUGCUCAUGUCCUCAUCAAAGACAUUCAGGUGAAAUUUAGCAAAGCACAUCGUCCAUUAUUCAUUGUAUUAAUGUUUCUAAUUAGUUUUUUUACCGUACAAUUUUAUUAAAACUUUCCUAUUUUCCCGGUGUAAUGACACUUUCCAUUAAUAUGAUUUUAUAUGAAUAAACAGGUUUCCUAUUUAAUGAAGAAAAUAUUUACUUUACUUCGUGGGAAAUUGUUUUAUAUACAAUACAUAACUACAAAACAGUCUUUGGUCCCAAACAAGCUAUACCAUUGUGAACGCUGAUAUAAAAUUCAUAGUCAAAUAAUAUUUAAUAAAUGCAGUUUGUGUCUGCUCUAUUUUUAUUUUGUAUUGAUGGAAAGUGUCAAUUAUUGUGCAAUAUUAGUAAAUGAAAAAAUCAUAAACUUAAAGAAAAAAACUUGACAUUGUUUGUUUUUGAGUUGUAAGGUUUAUGUUAAAAAAGAUUUUAUUUAUUGUUGUGUCAUAAUAUGGAAAGGAAGUAAACAAACUAGCUUAAAAUAAUUUCAAACUAUUUAUUGUAGGUGUACAAUAGCAUGCUUGUGAAGAGGUUUUGGCUGUUUAUAGAACAAGUUGAUGUAAUGACAGAUGAAACAUGGGAGUGAUGGAUAAAACAUAGAUGUCACAAUGGGUCUAUCAUGAAUACAUUUUUAACAACAAACUCAAACUAAAGUCUUUCCUAAAAAAUGUGUGAUGUAAGAUGAUGGUUGUUUGAAGUAAAAAUAAAGUUAUU